CGAACAUCGACGCGUACCAACUAAUUCAUACAACGCGUGUGAUUCUACUAAGCUCGUCCUCAGCACUCUUGUUCACCCAUCCGUUUUCUUCUUGGUGUAAACGAUAUGUCUUCGUCGCAAAAGCAGCCUCGCAUCGACGACGAUGACCUCGACGAUCUCGACGAUGUUCUCGAGCAGUUUCAGCCAAAAGGAACGACGCAAAAGCAGGCUGCCUCUGCGGGCGCAACGCCAAGCUUGACGGCUGCGUCGACCGCCUCGAAUACCCAACCAAGUUCACUCGACUCGCUCGGCUUGGAUGAAGAUUUCAUGCGCGAGCUGACCCAAGGCAUGGAGUCGCUCAUGCGCGAGAUCGCGACAGGCGACGGUCCGCAGGCAGAGGGUUCGAAUACUGAGGGGCAGAGUGCCGAGGGCGGACAGAAUACGGACGAAAAGCAGCGGCAAGAGGCUCUCCAUGCUGCGUGGGAGAAGAUGUUCGUCGAGAGUAUGAACGGUGCUUUGGACGUGGACAGUCAAUCUGCAGGAGCGACGGAUCCCACUGAGUCUUCCGGAAGUGGGGGCGCGGCCCCACCACCGCAAGACUCGUUCGAGGCGAGUAUCCGGAAAGCGAUGGAGAAGUUGAAGGAGAGCGAGUCGAACUUGAAGGACGGUCCCGAGAGCUCCGUCGACGAUCUCAUGGCCCAGCUAGGCGACAACCUCGAUGGCCUGGACCCAGGAGAGGCAGACGAGUUGCAGAAGGUCCUCGAGAACAUGAUGACCGAGCUCAUGAGCAAAGAGAUACUGUACGAGCCGCUGAAGGAGCUGCAUGACAAGUUCCCAGCCUACAUGAAAGAGCAUGAUAGCACGCUCUCCGCCGAUGACAAGAAGCGAUACAAUGCCCAGUACUCCACUGUCAGCAAGUUGAUCACGAUAUUCGAUGAUCCCACGUACUCGGACUCGGAUCCGGAGAAGGGCUCGCAAGUCGUCAAGCUCAUGACAGAAAUGCAGAGCCACGGUUCACCGCCUGCGGAAAUUAUGGCGCCGCUACCACCAGGUCUGGACAUAGGCGGGGACGGGCUGCCAAAGAUGCCUGACGGAUGCAUCAUUGCAUGAAGGCUACUUCGGAACUAUCCUUCCCUCUCGUUGUCCGCUGUUGUUAUUCGUUGUGUAGCUUUAGUUGUAAGCUGAGGAGCCUAAUCGGGAGGAUCCGCGUAUACCACGUAUACUGUAUUAUACCAAUCGCGACUAUGAAGGCAUACGCUGGGCUGUUAGGGUCCGUGACUGUACCAUGUCUCUCGAAACCGAGUGGUCCACACGUACAAGGGAAUGUUGCAGC